CUCAGUUCAUGGCACCACAUAAACUGUUUGGGGAGAUGGGCCGUGCGUUGAGAGUCCGUGUCACGCAUUGCUAUGCUUGGUGGAAGGGAGGUAACUGCAGAAAUUUCGCAUUCCGAAAUGGUCGGGCAGCGCCGAUUGAAGCUGUGUCGUUGAGCACCCGUGAAUGAAUACAACAUUCAAUCAGGGCGUUCAGAUUGUAAUAAAUAAAAAUGGCGGAGAUGUCGUCGCCAUCUCAAACCUGGAAGCCGCAAAAGAGAGUUUGCACUGUUUGUAAAGAAUAUGUCAAAGAUAAAAUGUAUCGGUCAUUAGUCUCUGAACCAUCCGAACCAUACAGGAAAUAUAUUACCGAGAUUGGAAUCCCUGCAACAGGACUUGUAUGUUAUCCUUGUGUUAGCAAACUCAAUCGUCUAGUGAAAAUUGACAGGGAUCUGUCAACCUUGUUGGACAGGCUGAAAGAAAAAAGGGUUCAUCUGAUGUGUGAACUGAAGAUGCUCUCAACUGGGAUGGACCACGUGGAUGCAAGCUUUACUUCCAGUAUUCUUGGAAUGACGCCCCUGGACUUGGCGCUCCCUCCAAAUCCAAAGAAAAUGAAAGUUGAUAAGGAAAUAUCGACAGCACAUUUUUCACGUAUUCUUCCCAAAAAGCAGCCUGUACUGGUCAUUCAGAAUCCCGUUCCCAAACUGCCAGAGACAGUGUCACUUGGCAAAGCACCUGUUAUAUUACAGACAGUCCCGGUGGUUGACCCGGGUUCUGUUCCAUCUACAGGAAUAACAAAGACUCAACAAGCUGCUCAUCCAGUUAUUGGUUUGGUGUCACUUCAAGGAAAAUCAAAGACUAGACCUGUUGUUCCUAGGCCAAUACAACCAGCAAAGCAAGGCGUUGAUUUGGUUUCACGUACUGGAAAGCCCACUGCUCAUCAGCCAUUACAACCAAUCACCUCAGUGAAAAAGGAAUUGCCGAAAAUCUUACCUCGACCUUUGCAGGUGCACUGUGAGUUGGGAAGCACAGUGUCAGGAAGUGGUAAGAAUGGUGCCGCUUUGCCAGUAGUGAGUAAUGUGGUUGUUCAGACAAGGAUGCCAGUUUCCUUAGACAUGUCAGCUGUACCCAAUGGUGUAAUUGUUCAGCCAGGGAUACAAGGUCCAGAGAUACAGGGUCCAAAGACACAGGAUCCAGAGAGGGGGACUUCCGUUACUGGACCACUAAGUACUGAUGAUAAAAGCAUUCAAACGAGUUUUCCCCUUAAUAAUGAACUAGAAAACCUAAAUUAUGAAUACCUAAACAGUUCUCAACAGUGCCAAACUCAGGAGGAGGUUUGUUUGAAGAAUGGUUUUGAGAGAAUUGUUACAGAGUCGGGUGAUGAAUAUAGUAUUGUGAAACAAGAAUUUUCAGAUUCUGAGUCAUGUGAUACUGAUGAACCUGGGUCUGAAGUCGAAGAGAGUUCUGGAGGAACAGAUGGUGAUGAGUCGUUAUCCCAGAGCUGUGUCAUCAAGCAGGAACCCCAAGAGGAGUUUCAGACGUCAGUGGAACAUGUCUCCAAAAAUUGUUUGGCUAGUCAUCAAGAACAUAUGAAGGACUGCAGUGAUACGGGUGAUAGUGGUAUGUCGGUAUCCCAGAGUGUUGUCAUCAAGCAAGAACAACUCUCUUUUGACACUCCUGAUAACCAUGUGAAACAGACUAGUGAUACGGGUGACAGUGGUAUGUCGGUAUCCCAGAGUGUUGUCAUCAAGCAAGAACAACUCUCUUUUGACACUCCUGAUAACCAUGUGAAACAGACUAGUGAUACGGGUGAUAGUGGUAUGUCGGUAUCCCAGAGUGUUGUCAUCAAGCAAGAACAACUCUCUUUUGACACUCCUGAUAACCAUGUGAAACAGACUAGUGAUACAGGUGAUAGUGGUAUGUCGGUAUCCCAGAGUGUUGUCAUCAAGCAAGAACAACUCUCUUUUGACACUCCUGAUAACCAUGUGAAACAGACUAGUGAUACUGAAUUGAUAGUGACUAGUGAUACAGGUGAAAGUUGUAUGUCAGAGUCCCAGAGCAUUGUCAUUAAGGAAGAACGACUCUCUGCUUUUGACUCUCCCAAGGAACGUCUUUAUGAAGGUGGAGCGUAUUUUAAUAACCAUGUGAAACAGACUAGUGAUUCAGGUGAGAGUGGUAUGUCAGAGUUUCAGAGUGUUGUGAUCAAGCAGGAACUACACUCUGCUUUUCAUACUCCUGAGGAACAUGUUGGUGAAUGUGGAGUGUAUUCUGAUAAUCAUGUCAAACAAACUAGUGAUGCAGGUGAGAGUUGUUUGUCAGUAUCCCGGAGUGUUCUCAUCAAGCAACAACGAUACUCUGCUUUUUAUACUCCUGAGGAACAUGUUCCUGAAGUGGAGCGUAUUGUAAUAACCAUGUGA